CUCGGCCCUUGCACCUCGCGCACCCCUCCCACCCCAGUCUUCCUUCCCUCCCGGCCUCCCCCCACCCGACCCAGCCGCCGGCCGAAGCAUCCCCAAAUCCCGCGGAAGCACCUCCAUCCCCAAAUCGUAGAUCUUGGCGAUUUGGCUCCCGGCCACCUCGUUCUCCUCCUCUUCCUCCCAGUCGUCGCCGCCUGCAAGGAAGACCACCGGCGGCGGGGCGUUCACGAAGGAAGAUCACACGCAGGACCAGGUCGACUCCCGCCGUCGUCUUCCCCGACCUCGACUCCCACGGCAGACAGGCCUCUGCUCCGACCUGAACCGCAAGCACGAGGUGUGGUUUUACCAAGGGAAGAUAGAGAGACAUAUCACCCUUCUGCGUGAACUACUAUGAGUCUGUGAUGCAUCAUCAUCUUAGCUGUGAGUCCAUUGUGUCUUGAGUGGAAUCAUGGCUCGAAAAGGAAGUCAGAGUAAAAGUGGUCCAAAUCAGGCUUCACCUAACCGACAAAAUACAGCUAAUAGUGAUAUACUAAAUACACCAGAAAGAGAUGCAGUGCAUGGUGAAGAUCCAAGUUCACAAUCAAAUGGUUCUGGAGGAAACGGUGGCCAGAAAACAAGAAGCAACAAGAAGAAUAACAGAAGCAAUGGCACCUCAUCCUUGGGUAAAUCGGAUGACAGAGCGUCAUGCAAACAGCAAUCAGUGGAUAUCAGUUAUGAUGUGAAAAAUUCCGAAGAAAAUGAGCUCCCUUCCAGCAGUACCAAAACAAGAAGAGAUAGCAAGAAACCCUCACGGCGUGGCUGCGGCAAAAACUCAUUGGUAGAACAAACUUCAUUGCGUAUUUGGAAAGAACACUUGAUGGAGAAGACCAGGUGCAUUGCUUGCAUGGCUGCAUCUUUUUUUAGAGCCUCCAUGAUGUACGUAAUGGAAGAAAGCAAAGUAUUUGUUGAGAGAAAUAGGCCAGUCAUCACAGCUUUCAUGGCCAUUGCAGAGAAAGGGCACACCUAUGUCCUCAGGAAAAUUGAGUAUGUUUAUCCUAUUGUUCGGACCUGGAUGUUUAUUGCUGGAAAAAUGAUGCUGCUCUUGUUGACUGUUUGGUUAGACUGCAACAUAAGGGGCUUUGAUUCUUUGCUACGUCUGGGGACAAACUCCCUUCUUGCAGUACUUUGGUGCAGCAUGCUGUCAAUUUUUGCAAUGAUUGGGAUAAAGAAAAUGCUCAUGUUCAUGGUGAUUGCUGCUUCUGUGGUUGCCUUUGUUGGUCUUGGUUUUGCUGUCCUGAUUGUGGCGUUGCUUGCGGUGGUGAUCUUGUGGCUGUAUGGAAGCUUUUGGACUACAAGCACUGUCAUAGUCCUCGGAGGCGCUUCAUUUUUCUUGAAGCAUGAACGAUUUGCUCUCCUUGUCACCUGCCUAUAUUCGAUGUAUUGUGCAAGAAGCUACAUUGGAUGGCUUGGACUACUUUUGAGCCUGAAUUUGUCUUUCAUUUCAAGUGAUGUUCUAGUCCAUUUCCUGAGAAACAAUUUAGACAGUGACAAAUUUAAUGAUUCUUCAAGAAAGUCUGAGCGUAGUACAGGCAGAUCAGGCAACUUCUUUGGAGAAUUUCAGCAAUCGUCAAAAGGUAGCACCUCGCAGUCUGGAUAUGCUCAAUCAUCUGAUCGUGGCCCUGGUGAUCCAUCAACAAGUGGAGCUGACAAAGAGUUAACAUCUGAAGAUGAAGUGGCUCGUUUACUAAGCUGCACUGAUCAUUAUUCAGCAUUUGGACUCCGUCCAUAUGAAAAUAUAGAUGCGUCAUUACUCAAGAGAGAAUACAAGAAAAAGGCCAUGUUAGUCCAUCCUGACAAGAACAUGGGCAAUGACAAAGCUGCUGAUGCAUUUAAAAAGCUUCAAAAUGCAUAUGAGGUUCUUCUUGAUUCUUUGAAACGAAAGACAUAUGACGAUGAGUUAAGGAGGGAAGAGCUAUUGAACUACUUUAGGCGGUUUCAGAGUGCUUCUCAAAAGAAAGGACGACCUGGUGCAUUCCAACAAGGGUUUAGCCCUUCUGAAGGUGUUGAUGAAGGACCUUCUGGUUUAUCAAGAAGAAUAGCCUGCAAGAAAUGUGGCGAUUUCCAUCUGUGGGUUUACACAGGAAGAGCUAAGUUGCAGGCCAGAUGGUGUCAGGAUUGCAAAGAGUUUCAUCAAGCUAAAGAUGGUGAUGGAUGGGUUGAACAGUCCUUUCAGCCCGUUCUAUUCGGGAUGCUGCACACGCCUGAUUCACCUCAUGCAUACGUUUGUGCUGAAAGCAACAUCUUUGAUGUCACCGAGUGGUUCAGCUGUCAGGGAAUGAAAUGCCCAGCAAACACCCACAAGCCGAGCUUCCACGUUAAUGCCAGCCUGGCAAAGCAAGGUGGUGGCAAAGGAGGCACCUCGGGGGCGAGGGGUGGAGGCGUUCCGAAUGUCCCAAAUAUGGAUGCAGGAAUGGAUGAAGAGUUCUUUGAGUGGCUGCAGAACGCCGUGCAGUCUGGCAUGUUUGAAACUGGUGUACAAGGUGAGCCCCCUUCUCCGGGCAGCGAAAGCAAUGCAAAGGGUAGUAGUGGUGGUGGUGGUAGUAGUAACAAGAAAAAGAGGAAGGGGAAGAAGCAAUGGUAACUCGUGUGGGCAGUAAAGAAAAAUAAACUGUCUCGAGUAUAGCUACCUCUACAGCCUGGUUUACAUUAGGAAACAUGCACCAUCGACCAUCCUGAUUCUACCCGGUAAGAUCUCGAAUUCGAAAACCGAAAUUCGGGCCGAAAAAAGAGGAUGUAUGUGGCAAUGUUGGUGGGGUCAUGAAGCCACCUGACUAGUGAAACCAGCAACGGCUUCCUCCUUAUUACCAGCUACUCCAGUUGGAAGGUUUGAAUGAUGUGCAAGGAAUGGAAUAUACAGUACAUAUCAUUGGCUGCAAACUUGCCCUAUUAUUCUCAUGGAAAAAGAUAUCGUCUUUAAAAGGCUUCAA